AUGUUAGUUUCACCUCAAACUUCCGCAGUGCCGUCGUCGCAUCAUCUAGCAACUAUCCGGCCACUGGUCGAUUCUCUUUAUGACUCCACUCGCCAAUCAACCGCCCUAAUCAACCAAACCCACAAUGAGCUCGGCUUGCUUCUUGCAGUCUUGUCCGCUACCGAAGCGCGUUCUUCGCUGCUCUAUGCGGAUCGCUCGCCGCCGGCUCUGGACCGGAAACUGGAAAGCUGUCACGCGAUUCUGUUGGAUAUUGAAAAGUUGCAGAAUCGACCGGCGGAGAUAGGUCUGCAGGGUCGUAUCACGGAAAUUCGAGGUCGGAUCUCGUCUUUGGUAUUUGAACUCAAUGUGUUGAAUGCCGAUAUGAUGAUAUGCUCGCAAAAUGAAGUCAAUCAGUUGCUAGGUGCCUUUCUUGACGAUGUGCGUGAGGGGAAGCGAGAGUCCUCAGUCAUCACGGAUGCCCUGGACGAUGAUGCUUCUCCGGCUCCAGGGAAAGGACAAGCAUGGGUAAAUCUUCAGCAGGAGCUGCUCGAUGUGGGGAUUGCUCCUGAUCUGUCUUUUCAAGAUCACGAUUUUAUCAUUUCGACUCUUCGUCGGGAAGUUGAAGAGAAGGAACUAUUGAAGAAUAUCAAGCCGAAGCCAGCACAGGGAAUCGUUGAGCCUCCAGCGAUCAUCGUCUCUUCGCCUGAGUCUCCAGUUGAAACCGAAAUCAAAAGAGAGAGCUCGAAGCCACCACCAUCAGAGAUUGUUGAGCCUCCAACGAAUAUCGUCUCAUCGUCUGGAUCUUCAGUUGCAAACCAAGCUAAGAGAGAGAGCUUUCCCUCCCUACCACCUCGGCCUCAAGAUCCAGGACUUUCUGCGCUUUCUGAAAAGGAAGUUGUUGUCACUAGAGCUUUUCCAACCAAUGUAUCCCCGAAUGAAAUUUCACCACCGCUACCGCCUCGACCUCGAGACUCAGGACUCUCUGCACUUUCAGACAAGGAGGUCACUUUCACAAAGUAUUCACCAAACCCCGCCCCAACACAUCUACAGAAGGCAAGCGAUACAGAGAAACAGGUGCUACCGACAGACAACUACCCAAUCCCUGUUGCGACAGAGGCAUUCUUCAACACGGCAGGCGACUCCGAUAAACAGGCUCUCCCACGAGACAAUUACCCGAUCCCGGUGUCUACAGAAUAUUUCGCAGCAAGCAACUUCAACAGGCAUGUUGCUUCGCGAGAAAGCAUAUCGAUGCAUACAGCUACCAAUUCCAGCUCUCGUGGUAGCUCGUAUGGGGAUGGAAACAGCAACAGCAAUCCUUCUCUCUCCUCUUCAGCCCGAGUCCCGGGCAAAAAGCCUAGCAUCAUGCACAAAAUGAAGUACAGGUUAACAAACAGCAAAGAAAGCUUCAUCUCUUCAAUCCAGCUGAACAAAAUCGACUCCGUGAAGAAAGCAUUGGAUAAAGGCGCGAACGCCGAUACCAUGAAUCAAGAGGAACAAACCGCCUUAAUGGUAGCAUGUUCCUACGGCCACGAAGAAAUGGUAAAGAUACUCCUGAACUACGGUGCGAACGCGAACAAAUCCUCCGAUAAAGGAGAAACAGCUCUAGGCGUCGCAGCCGGACGCGGAAAAGAGAGCAUUGUCCGCACCCUACUAGCCCACGGAGCUAGCGUGAAUUCUCACGGCCGGGCGAAACCAGGACUAUCCGAGGCUGCGGCAUUUGGGUACGAAAAUAUCGUGCAGUUGAUGCUGGACUACGGCGCUGAUCCCAAUGCGAUGCGUGGAUUUGGCUUGACGGCGCUGUCUCAGGCUGCAUCGAAUGGCCAUGUUAAUGUUUGUCGUUUGUUGUUGGAUAAUGGGGCUCUGGUCGAUCACCCACGUUCUAUUAUUCACAAAUCGCCGCUCGCGAGGGCUGUUGAGUCCGGUAAGGCGGAUGUUGUUGGUCUUUUGAUGGAGCAGAGGGCAGAUCCGCUACGCAAAGAUGUUGGUGGAAAGACGAUUAUAUCUCUUGCGGUUUCGACUGGCAGAGCUGGUAUUGUUGAGAUAUUCCGCCGGUAUGGGUAUCUGUGUGAGAGAGCUACCGUUCAAUAUUACUAG